AGCUAGCACAGCUAGCCUGUUACAGUAACUCACCGUCCCUCGCUGUUCCCAUCAGCUGGUCGAGCAAAGCUCUCAUUUGAGCUUGGGCGGACAUUUCUGGAGACCUUCCGUCGACUGCACCGUUUUUAAAAAUGCAACCCAACGCCGUUUCGUACAGUUCUUGUUAUAUUAUCUGGUUUUUAGUUCCUCCGAGCAUCACCUCUCGCUGCCUUUUUCUGUUUCGUGGACUAGCCAGUUUCCGUUUUAUUUCAGGGAAAUUACGUCAGGGCUUGUUGUUUUAAAUUUCCGUCCGGCUAGCGCCAAAGGGAGGGCUUUUGUAUAAAAGUGACCAAUCAGAUAGUUUCAUUGCAGGUUGGUUAGCCAAUCACAGGGGCUUUGACUCAUUAGGAGCUUCUACUGUUUAUUUUGCCCUGAGUCCUGAUCUUAGGCAGCGGCUCCACACUUCCUACUCACCAGCUGUCGUCCUCUGGUAGCCUUGUCGGAAACAGUUCUACUUGUCAUUGUGAGUGCUGAAAUUAGGCCCUUCGGCAUAGAUUGGCAGCUUUCUUUUAUAAGUAUAGACACUAAGAAAAGCUCGCCUUACCUCUACAGAAAAGCUGCUGCCUGUGAGACAAUCGAAGGGCAAUGACGCCCUGCUAAUUUUACAGCAGUGGGCUUGUCAGUGAUUUGUUUUUUGCAACUGAGGUUGUCAGGCAGCUCUGUGACUGUGUGUCAGCCAGGCCUCCUGCUACCUGAAGCACCCGUGAACACCAAAGACAACAGUGGAGCGAAAAAGUAAGAACACAUUUUUAUAUAAGUGAUAAUUCUUCAUCAAGCUUCAUUAAGAGACAGGCGAUCUUCCUUAUCAGUGAGUCCCUGUUUCGUUAAAGUUCGCAAACUAACAAGGUGUUGACUGUAAACUUCAAAAACCGAAUCAAGCUAACAAUGGUAGCAAUACGACAUUGAGUCACACGAAUUAGGCCAAAACUCGUCGUUAAAAUGACAUACCUUGUGUACUUUAUCUAACUGUACGGCUCGUUUGAUCACGAAAUGAGCUUCUCUUCAGACAUAAAAUCCUCGUCUAUCGAAAAAAUAACACUGUGUGCCAACCCGGGUGAUGUUUGGUCAUUCAGGGUCUGUUGUUUUUGUGCUGAGAAAUCUCUGGAGUCAGAGCUGGCACUGCUGAAUAGGCUCAGAUCCACAAAGGUUGAUGCAGCAGAAAUAGCUGGACUCACAGACUCUGCAGUUCCCAGUAUUUUUUCACCUCACUAAAUUUGUGAUUGCAAGCCAGUUGUGUCUGGUUACUCUGACUAAUGCAGGUUUUUGUUUACUCCAUGCAGCAGCAAACUGUAUACAAAGAAGGGAGGAUUCUUGACUUGUAUAAAAGUUAAGUGAAAAACCUGCAUUAGUUAGAGUUGAGGUUUAGAUGUCAUUUCUUCUCCUGUCAAGCAGAUCUGUGGUGCCUGUAAUGCAUUGAAGCAACAAUGGAGACCGCAGGCACUGCCACCGAAGGCGAUCCUCUGAAGCGAGGUGAAGAUGGGGUGGAGCCCGUAACAGUUCCUCCAACAACAGAGUUGAAGAAGAAGAGUUGCAAAGAAGCCUUUGGUUUGUCCAAACUAACCCACUGGAGAACUGCAGUCUUCUUCUUCUCCCUGUUCCUCUGCCUCACCAUCGUGUUUGCCUUCUCCUUCAUCAUCCCCUGUCCCGUCAGACCACAGUAUGUCCUCACCUGGAACAGGACAUUCUCUGAAGCAGGUGUGUUUUUUUUUGUCGGCUGUUUUUUCUCGCUGUGUGUUGGUGUUUUGAAUGAGGAACUUACUGCUCUCCUCUACCACAGCUACAUAUGACUUCCUCGCUAUUGAGGAUACAAGCAAGGACAAGGUGAUGGAUGUGCUGUUUGUCCUCAAAAACACAGAGGGCAGCCAGAACAACACCUGUGCUGAUGCAGGUAUGCAUCACGAGGAAACUUGGGUUCAAUUGCUGUUUGUGUGGUAACUCCUAGUGCAGUGCGUCCACUCUUUUUGUGCUUUAUUUCAGGUCUGCCCUCGCCUUGUGUGUAUUUGUUAUCAGUGGAUGGGACACACGGAGAGAGCCUUUGGGAGCGUCCACUAGAUCCUGAUUAUCACUGGGCUCAGUGUGGUCUGGAGAAAGAAAAAAGCAGAAACUGGGACUGUCUGCUGUCCCAUUCAGACAAAGUUACAGCCAUUGACAAAUACAGUGGUAAAUUGCUUAACACUUUGUCUUCUCAUAAAUUACACUUUAAUUUUCAUAAUGUCGAUAUAAUGACUCCAGUGAUGGAUUAUUGAAAUACAACUUCAAUAAUCGCAAUCUCAACGGUUACUCCAUCAGAAAUGAAACUUUUAUAUAAUUAAAAAGUCGUAAAACUUAAAAAAAACACUCAAACAAGAUUCUAAAACAUCAUUAAAGUAAUAACAAGGUUAUAAAUGCACCUUGUGAUUCCUGAAAUGAAGUUAAAGUUUGAAAGAUUAUUUGUAAAAGUAGUAUUCCUGAUUCCUGAGGUCAAGAGUAAACCCCCAUGCGUUUGCAGCUCAGUCAGAUUCAGUCAGUAAUGUUGGUCUGUGCUGAUGUUUGUGUGUGUGCUAACAGGUGAAGUCAGGUGGCAGCAGCCUCACCCUCCUGGUCUGCCCAGCACUGUCCCUGUCCUAAGUGUCCCAGAUCUGGAUGGGGACCAAGCCAGUGAUGUAGCUCUGGUAGCACCUGACAGCUCACAGGUAGACAUUUACAAUAUUGUAUUUAUUUUUCUGAGCUUAAACCAGAGGUAUGGGGAUUGAAUGCUCUGUUUUUGUUGCUGUUGUUUAAAAAUUUCUGAGAUAAUCACAGAUCCAACAAGUGUUUUGAUAGAAGAAGCUCUGGCUCUGAAAUUGUUCCCACACUGCAGUGAAACAGAAUGUACCCAUUUUUUAUGUAAUUUCUGCAGACUCAGCUGGUGUUCCUCUCAGGGAAGACGGGUGUCCAAAUUGGCUCUACAGUGACGUUGGACUCCAUAGAGACAGCCAGUCACCUUCUGCAUCGCACUCCAGACGGUGCUCAUUAUGUACUACUACAAAAAGGUCAGCAUCUUAUACAAGCACAGAUAAUAUAAUGCAUAUAGAUGCACAGUCUGUACCCAGUUGGAAUUUAAAGUACUUAUACAGUGCCUAGAAAAAGUAUUCAUACCCCUUGAAAUUUUUCACAUUUUGUCACUCUACAACCACAAACUUAAAAGUAUUUUAUUGAGAUUUUUGUCGUAGACCAACACAAACUAGCACAUAAUUGUGAAGUUGAAUGAAAAUGAUACAUGGUUUUCAAAAAUGUAAACAAAUAAAAAUCUGAAAAGUGUGGUGUGAAUUUGUAUUCGGCCCCCCCCUGUGUUAAUACUUUGUAGAUCCACCUUUUUGGGGUAUGUCUUUACAAGCUUUGCACAUCUAAAGAUUGAAAGUUUGGCCCAUUCUUUUUUGCAAAAUAGCUCAAGCUCAGCCAGAUUGGAUGGCGAGCGGCUUCCGCCACACAUAGCGCUUUGCAUUCAGGCUGCUUCUCCUUGCCCGAUCUGUCAGUUUAGGUGGACGGCCAUGUCUUGGUAGGUUAACAGUUGUGGCAUACUUCUUCCAUUUUUGGAUGAUGGAUUGAACAGUACACUUUGAAAUGUUCAAAGCUUUGGAUAUUUUUUUUUUAGCCUAACCCUGCUUUAAACUUCUCCACAACUUUUUCCCUGACCUGUCUGGUGAGUUCCUUGGUCUUCAUGAUGCUCUUUGUUGACUAGUGUUCUCUAACAAAGCACUGAGGCCUUCACACAACAGUUGUAAUUAUGCUGAUACUAAAUUACACACAGGUGGACUCUAUUAACUAAUUAGGUGACUUCUGAAGGCAAUUGAUUGCACUGCAUUUUAUUUAGGGGUAUCAGAGUACAGGGGGCUGAAUACAUGAACACCACACUUUUCAGAUUUUUAUUUGUUUAAAUUUUUGUUCCACUUCACAGUUAUGUGCUACUUUGUGUUGGUCUAUGACAAAAAAUCUCAAUAAAAUACUUUUAAGUUUGUGACAAGCGGUAUGGAUACUUUUUCAAGGCACUGUACUGUAGGGCUGGUGAAUGCAGAAGAACUGAUUCAUCACAUUUACUUCUAUUACAUUGCCCUUUAAAGGACUUUUGUACUGGUUGUUUCUGUGCAAAGCAAAUUGUACUGCAUGUCAGUUUCAGGAGCCUUGUACUGUAAUUUAUACAAACUUAGAAUACAAAUAAAAAUAUAACACAAAAAACUCCAAUGUGUAUUAACUCAGAAUUUUACUUUCUAUGUUCCAUUUUAGUUAAAAUCAAUUUUUGAAGGUGGUAAGGAGACACAUGAUAAUGCACAAGAAACAAUGAAUGCAAACUAUUUAAGUUUAAGUUACAAGUCAGUUUUGUAGUGUUGUUUUAUUUCAUGCACCUGAUGGCAGCAGUGAGUAAUAUCGUGCUUGUGCAUUCACAGACACUGGUGUGUACGGACUGGCUCUGUGGAGGAUUGCUGCCCAAGCUAAAGAAGGGAUGGAUGCAGAUCUAAAGAAGGACAAACACUGGGAGAAAAACUCAAGUCCUACAUCUGGUCUUGUGCCUGUAUAUGAGUAAGGAGUAGCUUACGUUAUUAGCCUAUCCAUUAUUGGACGUCACUGCAAGGCUUAUACUGAUUUUUCUCUCUACUUUCUAGGUCUAACUCCGUGAAACAAUUUCUCAGAGUUGGAGAAACAGGCGACCCUCCAAAUCUGCUGGUAGUGACUGAGAAUGAGGUGGUUUUGAUUGACGGCAAAAACUUAAAGAUAUUGUGGAGAUUUAAUGCCAGCUCAGUCAUAAGGUAAACCUCUGUUUUUUCUCUUCUCUUCAGCUCUUAAUGUUCCAAAAAAGCCUUGUAAUAUAUCCACUGUGGUGGAUGGGUCUGGAACCAGUCAAUUUAUUCCAUAUUUGCAGGGAAGGUAUGAGUAAUGGUCACAUGUGGAAGUGCUUCUGGAAGCGGUUGCUCAGACCUACAUUUAUGCAGCAAUAGAAAAUGUUAAAAGACAGCAGCAUGCAGGAUAAAGGUCUUGUUUUAUGUCAACCUUAUAGUUUAAAACAGCUGCAAUAGCGGAUUCAACUGACCUCCCAGCAGCAAAACCUGCCGCCAUGGUUGUUUAGGAAUAUGGAGAAGCGCUGUCCCGUGUUGUCAUCUGAUAGUACCUGUCCCAUUAUUUAAUGAAGGACUGACUGGUUUUUGAUAUCUAACACUGAAGGGAAAUCCUUCAGAAUGACGGUGGUUCCAGAUCUACCUUCAAGCUAAAAAAAAUAUUUGCUUGCCUUCUGUGAUUGAACAAAAGGAGCCAUCUGAAAACUAUUGAACAUCCAAAUGACUGAAUGAUUCUGUAAGCAGAUUAAAGGGUCGUUUGCUAAAGCCUUUUUAGACAUGGAUAAUUAGUUAAGAUGUCAUUUGUUCACUUCCAUUUAGUGAGCCCUCCUUUGGUCACUAUAACAAAGAUGAUGUCCUCGAUGUUGUGCUGGAGGAGGAUAUUGGCAAUAACACAAAGAAGGUGAGGCCACUGUACUGAUGUGUUUUUUUUUUGUUGUUGUAUGCAUCAUCUCCUCUGUUGAAUAUCUGACUCACACAUCAACUUCAAUACUGCUCAUAUUGUGCAUAGGUUGCAAUACUCGAUGGGAAAUCUGGAGGUGUGCUGUGGGAAGUUGACCUCUUGGCCACUCCAAACUCACCAAGACCCGCCUCCAUUCAUACCACCAACUCCUUUUCUAUCUUCGUGUUCUGGGGCCGGAUGCCCUCACAGACGAACGCAUCUGUAAGUUAACUGGUGAUGCAUGUCAACAGGUUUCUUUAAAACUGCUAAUCUGGCUCUGUUGUUUUCUCCCAGGUACCACUAAGCAGUGAGCGUUGUUCUUACAUGCUCCAUCCUCUCUAUUCGAAUGUGCUGCUGGAGUCAACCAGUUCCAUGGACCAUAUUGUAACAUUUAAAGGUACUGUUAGCUCUUUAACUGUGUUGAAAGCUAUCAGCUAUCCACUGAUGACACUAAAAGCCUGAGCAUGAGGAAAGUAGAUUAGCUUGGUAAUGUCUGGGUUGUAUUUUCAAGCUCCAAAAUUUGUGCUUUAUUGUGACUUGUGUGUCUUAGCCACACUGUUGGAACGCGGCCGUCAUGCUGCCUACAUCCUCCUCACGGGUCCUGUGACUGAUGGCACUGAAGGCAUCGUCGUCCUCAGCAAGCGAAAGCUGAAGCAGGACGUCCCUAACAGCAAAGUUCUCCGCAUCAGCACGGGUGGAAGCUCAGAAACCAACGAGGACAUCAAGGAGGCCUUCAACCGUCUGCGCUUCAGUGACUGGUGAAACUGCAACAUGUACUGUAUGUUCUCAAUGUGAGUAUUAUUUUGGUACAGCUGACUUUUUGUGACUUAACUCAACUCUAAAAACCAAAGUAAACCCUAGCUAUGACUUUCUUACUGCUGAAAACCAAGAAAAAAAAGCUGUAUACUUCAUUUGACAGGUUUCAUCCUCUUAAUUUGCUGUAUUACAGACUGCAAACAUACUAUCAAGAGUUUGAUAUGACAUUGGGUCCAAACUACUCCUGUCCCCUUGACAAUCACGUAGCACAGAAUGUUAUUCUCCUGCUGAUGAAUUCAUAUAGAGGGCUCUCCUUGCCGUAUUAUUUCUCGCACUUUUUAUGCAUUGAUUUAAUGCCUACUUUUGAUGCACAUAUGCUGGAUUAUCAUUUAGAUCUAUGCAACUUUGUAUCACACUUAGUUUAAUAUGGUAGCACCUGCACACUCUUAAAUGGAGGGAGUUUAUGUAUGAUUGAAAUUUCUUAAUUGCCUUAAUAAUUACAUGAUUCAAGGGCUUCUUUCCUUUGGUAUUUUUCCCAGACUGUACACUAAAUUAGAUAAGAUGUAAAAAGUACUUUGAAUGGUUAAGGGUUGACACUAUGUGGUUACAGUUUUUGUUACUUUGUCUAUUUUGAGGGUACUGCCAGGACUCUAUUUUAGCCACUAGCACUGUUUAUCAAGAGAUGUGUCUUUCUUAUCUACUCAAUCCAAGAUGCUGUAAGUGGUGAUGUUGUUAUAUGCACACUGUGUAAAUCUUAUUGAGGGUUAUGCAGAAUAGUGAUACUUACUGCUGUGGUUUACAGCUCCAGAUAUAAAGCUGUUUUCAUUUCUCAGUGAUUUUAUAUGAGAUAAAUGAUAAAAAUGGAGGUUAUGGUUCUUGCUGUACAUGAAAAAGAGCUGAUUUUUCUUUUAAAAUUUUAUGUUUGAACUUGAGAAAUAAACAGUUUUAAAGUAGC